AUGGCGUCUGCAGAAUACCUACAAGCCUCGUCAACCGGCUUCAAAGACGCCAAAGCCUACGACACGCACCGGCCGUCGUACCCUGCCGAAGCUGUUCAGAGCCUCCUGGCUCAUCUUGGCGUGGCGGGCAAGUCCAAGGCGAGGAUCAUUGACCUCGCAGCCGGCACGGGCAAGUUUACGGAGCUGCUGGCAGCUCGGCCGGAGGAGUAUGAGAUCCUGGCGGUGGAGCCUACGGGGUCGAUGAGGGAGACGCUGGUUGAGAAGGGGCUGAGAGGGGUGAUAGCGAAGGAGGGGACUGCUGAGAAGAUGGAUGUUGAGGAUGGGUGGGCGGAUGGGAUUGUGAUUGCUCAGGCGUUUCACUGGUUUGCGACUGAGGCUUCAUUGGCGGAGAUUCAUCGAGUACUCAAGCCAGGAGGCACGGUGGGAAUGAUUUGGAACGUCGAAGAUUAUAACAAGCCAGCAUCAUGGCCAGCCAGCAGCAAAUGGGCAGAGGCACUCAACGCCCGCAUCUUUGCCCUCCCAGACUUUGGCCCCCCUCGAUUCCGCCACAACAAAUGGCCGCUGGUGUUCGAGCGCCAGGCGAAGCUCGAAAAGCCGCUGUUCUCGACGCCCAUCGGCGAGGAGAAGGUCCCGUGGACAGUCUGGCUGGACAAGGAUGCGGUGUGGAGCCGGGUGCACACGCUCAGCCAUGUGUAUACCUUGGAGGGCGAGGACAAGGCCACGUUCAAGGCCAAGUUUGAUGAGGAGGUGAAUAGUGAGAAUGGCGAGGUGAAUGACAAGGGCGAGGUGGGCGUGCAUGGGGUGACGCUUUUGGCGUGGAGUAAGAAGCUGUGAGGAUGGCCUUAAUAUCUAUAGCAAUGUCAUGGAUCAGAUGAGCGGUAGACUGCUGUAGAGCCUCAAAGUAACGUUGAUUGCAAUUAAAUAUAAUUCUCUUGUUUAAAAAUUAUGAGUCCGCUGAAAUAUACAUGACAUUGUUGCCUCGCACAAAGGUAUCUCCAUACUCCCUCCGCUUCGCGCCAUUGACAUAUUCCACCGUCUUCUCCAGCGCAAUGUUCAUGUAUCCGUCCACAGAUUGCAGUUCUCCCUUGUAAACGACGCCGGAAUUGAGCUUCACAACGACAGAGUUGCCGAUUAUAUCGCUGAGGAAGCUGGACGGGUCCUUGCCCUCGCCCUGUGAGAUGCUGCUGUUCUCCAUGACGUUGCUUGGUGUGGUGGUUUGUGGUUUUAAGGAACGUUUAGGCGGCCUGC